UUAAAACGCGCGAGCCCGUGUCUGGACUCGCCGCCGCUCGUGCUCGCGGGGACUGCCACGCUCCGCGCGGCCCCCAGCCCCGCGUCGAUCGCACCUGCGUUGCACAGCUGCCCAUGGCUGACCUGAGUUUCAUCGAGGAUGCAGUCGCCUUCCCCGAGAAGGAGGAAGACGAGGAGGAGGAAGAGGAGGGCGUGGAGUGGGGUUACGAGGAAGGUGUUGAGUGGGGCUUGGUGUUUCCGGAUGCUAACGGGGAGUACCAGUCUCCUAUCAACCUAAACUCUAGAGAAGCCAGGUACGAUCCCACGCUGCUGGAUGUCCGCCUGUCUCCGAAUUACGUGGUCUGCCGAGACUGUGAAGUCACCAAUGAUGGGCACACCAUUCAAGUUAUCCUGAAGUCAAAAUCAGUUCUGUCAGGAGGACCGUUGCCUCAGGGACAUGAGUUUGAACUGUAUGAAGUCAGAUUUCACUGGGGAAGAGAAAACCAGCGUGGUUCUGAGCAUACAGUUAAUUUCAAAGCUUUUCCCAUGGAGCUCCAUCUGAUCCACUGGAAUUCCACGCUGUUCGGCAGCAUCGACGAGGCAGUUGGGAAGCCUCACGGCAUCGCCAUCAUCGCUCUGUUUGUUCAGAUAGGGAAGGAGCAUGUUGGCUUGAAGGCUGUGACUGAGAUACUCCAGGACAUCCAGUAUAAGGGAAAAUCCAAAACAAUACCCUGCUUCAAUCCCAACACUUUAUUACCAGACCCUCUUCUGCGGGACUACUGGGUCUACGAAGGCUCUCUUACCAUCCCGCCUUGCAGCGAAGGUGUUACCUGGAUAUUAUUCCGAUACCCUUUAACUAUAUCCCAGAUGCAGAUAGAGGAGUUCCGAAGGCUGAGAACACAUGUGAAGGGGGCAGAACUUGUAGAAGGCUGCGAUGGGAUCCUGGGGGACAAUUUCCGACCUACCCAGCCCCUGAGUGACAGAGUCAUUCGAGCUGCAUUUCAGUAGCCAGAGAGACUGUGGUCAAGCCCAUCUGCAUCGGGAGAGGCUGUAUGCUGUGGAACGGUGCCCGCGAUCUGACUGCUUCAUUCUCUUGCCUGAAGGAGGAAGACAGUGGUCCCAGGGAGCCUUUGGGUGAGGAGUGGAGACUCCUGAGUGCAGCUUCGUUUUAACCCUCCAGCCUGCAUCGUCUCCGGCUGCUCCAGCUUUGAUGGACAUCUGUGACCAUUGUCUGCAUGCACACUGUUAUGAACAAGUAGAAGUGGCUAUUCAAUGUAAAGAAACUCGGUGUGUGUGCGCACACGCCACAGCUUCUGGUAUUCAGACUUUUGCACAUACUGCUUCUUGCUUAUGUGUAGAAAGAAUGAAAGUAGUUUUCAGACCUAUUAAUAUGACUGUACCAUAUAUCAAUAUGAGACAGAAGAAACCCUCCACAUUUCCAGAGCCAAGUUGUUCAUUUCCUGUCUGUAUUAAAAAACAUGCCCAUCCCCAACCUAGUGUCAUUCGUGAAAAUAAAAUAAAAGUUUUAGUCUACAACAGCCUAGAACUUCAAAAUAUAACAUGAAGGAGUCAUAAAAAUUAUCUUGUGUGUUUUUUCUAACAGUCAUACCAAAUUUAAUAUCAAACUGGUUUGUUACAGAGAACAAUUUUGGAAUUAAUGCAAAAAUACUUUAUACAUUAUUUUUUAAAAAAUUAAUUGAAUUUAAUAUAGUUAGAGCAUAUAUGAAACUAUGGCUUCUGCGAAGUUAAGAAUAACUUAAGAAGUAAAUAGGAAGGAAGACGGGCACAGUGAUAGCUUUGUUUUCCAUAAUAGAAAUAAAAUUCAAUGAUAUACUAUAUCAAUUUAGUAUUGGACACUUUGUAUGUCUUCAGAAUACUUUAUUCUAUAGGUUGCACUUCUGUGUUGAGGUAAGAUAGGGUUGACCAUAGCCUGUUUUUAAGAGUGGCUGUCCAUUAAUCACAUCUCAAGUCAUAGUUCAAUGUGACAGAAUGGUGUAAAGCAGGAGAGAUACUGACAGAAAACAAGAACUUAAGAAAUAAAUGUUAUUGGUGGUUAUACUUUUUGAAAAAACAAAUGGCCAAUAGCAGUCUCAGUUUGGAGGGAUUUGUUGGUGGUAGGUAGAAUAAGGUCCUCUUCAGGGGUUUUAGAUCUGUUUGGUAGGCUGCAUUAAUGGAAACAAUACAAAUAAAACAGUACAAGAGGCCUCCCAGAAAACAGAAGCAAUGAAGACUUUGCUUCAGUGUAGAGUCCCAGGCAAGAAGGAAGACUAGAGCCAUGGUCCUGAGGAAAGUGGGAGAUGAGAAGGCUCAGUAGACCCAGAAUACAGCUGAGUAGCCCCAGGCAGGGCCUCCCAUGGCACAGAGAGGUCCUGGAUACUUUCUUUUUGCAGUUUUUAGUAUUUGCUAAAAUCGAAAUGGCAAAGUAUAGGUUAAAUCAACAAAUAGAACAACCCUACAAUCUAAACCUUUGCAUUGUCCAGGCUGGCGUUAUGAGAUGUAUUCAGCCACAGCUGCAGGGAUGUCAUAGUUAAUGGACUGAAUCUGAAGGCUUUCAUGCUUCAGUCAAAUAGCACACCUGGCGCUUCUUCGGUAGAUCAGUGCCUGGGACACAAUCAUGCAUAGCCAUCAGUGUCUCCACUCCAACAGGAUGGCCUUGGACUUGAGGUUCUUGGUUUUCAUGUCUCAUACUUCCUGAAGUCUCUACCCAUCUGACCCCACAACGUAUAAGGUGGAAAAUAUAAUGACAAAAACUAAUAUAAUUGACUUCCAGAGUGAUAUCUAGCUGUCUCAUGCUUAUCCUAUAGUGCAAGGUAAAAAUUUCAUGAAGCAACCAAAUUGAUUUUCUGAGUACUUUUUAAGUGACCACUUAAGAUUAGUAUCCAUGGCUUAAUACUCUCUAUAUUCUUUGUUUCUCUUUUUAAUAUGUUUAUUUAUUUUGAGAGAAGUUCUCACUGUCUAGUCUCGACUGUCCUGCAUCGAUCAGACUGGCCUUAAUCUCACAGAGAUCCACCUGACUCUGCUGGAAUUAAAGGUGUGUGCUACUAAGCCCAACCGAUUUUCAUAUAUAAAGAACACCUUCAAGCGCUAAUUGCCAUUGAUUCAGAAUAGAAACACUUGUGUGUUUGUAUGAAUGAAUUUGAAAGUCUCAUUUGUUCAUCAAUAAAACUGUCAGUAAAUGUUA